ACAAGCAAGGAAUUUGACAAGAAACGGUAAACCUAAGACGCGAUGCUUUGGUCGUCAUUAACAACCGCGUUAAUCCUAGCCAGUAAUAAGAUAGUACCCCAUUUGGGACUAAUUUGUUGGCAGUAUCCAAUUUGUGUAACGACGAUGCACCAGGGACGAUCGACGGUGGAGGUUUCAUAUGACCGUGAGGUGGCCGCACGGACCAGGUGUGCGUAUAUAAGGGGAUUGUCGUCGUUGCUUUGCAGUGACGGUGCUAGCUGCGACCAUGUCCAGGGACAGCGUGCUGAUCGGCGCUUCCAUGGCCGCGCUCGUCGUGCUCUCCCUCGUUACCUUCUUCUGCUCCAACCACCGCCGCCGGGCAGUGCGUGCCUCGUCUUCGCAGCGGAGAGCCGUGGACGACGUGGAGCUCGGUCGGCGCCGCCGGCCGUGCGUCGCCGCUGCCUCCACCGGGCUCGAGGAGGCCGCCCUGGCCGCGUUCCCGACGGAGUUGUACUCCUCGUCGACCCGGCAUCAAGCGGCGGCGCCGGCUGAUGAGCGGACCAAGGAGGAGGCGGCGGCGGACGACGAAACGACGUGCGCAGUGUGCCUGGCGGAGUACGCGGACGGCGACGAGCUCCGGCGGCUUCCAGGGUGCGCGCACGCGUUCCACCGGGCGUGCGUUGACCAGUGGCUUCGGGAGCGACCGAGCUGCCCGCUCUGCCGCACGCCGCCGGCGACAUCAGCAUGCAUUCACACGCGACCAAGUGAAGUUUAAUUUGCUAGGCCUGUGUCCCGGUCUGUCGGGACCAUUUCGGAGAGCGGCAAAAUGCGGCGUACGUUGUUGCUUUGCACCUACAUGUCUCCUGCUUAGGUAUAUAUUAGGUAUAGUACGUAUACUUACGAGGAUGAUUAUGUUCAUACGUGUCAGAGUGCAGACAAUGCAUCGUGUUUUGUUUACGUUUAUGUACUUCAUUGUGUACAUGCUCUUGUAUCUUUCUUUUCGGGUAAACAUAUCAGCCUACACCAGAACAAAGAGCA